AAGAACAGACGGAAGUACUAGAGAGCUUGAAGCAAGAACUUGCCACCAGCAAACAGGAACUCCAGGUUGUCCAAGGCAGCCUGGAAACUUCUGCCCAGUCAGAGGCAAAGUGGGCCGGCCAGAUCGCCGAGCUUGAGAAGGAGCGGAGCAGCUUGGCGCAUGCCGUGGCUCGUCGGGAGGAAGAAUUAUCCGCUCUUCAGGAACAGCUCGAACACACCCAGCGGGAACUGUCCAGCGCAAAGGAAUCAGCGUGCCAGGUCGCCAAAGACCAACGGAAAAUGCUGCUGGCAGAGUCAAGGAAGGCCGCAGAGCAGGUGGUCCAGGAGGCCCUGCGGCAGCUCGAGGAGCCCACUCUGAUCAGCUGUGCCAGCUCUGCAGAUCACCUUCUCUCCAAGGUCAAGUCUGUUUCCAGCUGCCUCGAGCAACUGGAAAAAAGCUGGAGCCGCUACCUGGCCCACCCAGAAGAUAUCAGUGGGCUCCUCCACUCGGUCACCCUCCUUGCCCACUUGACCAGUGACACCAUGGCUUACGUGAGCACCACCUGCCUUCGAGCCCCGCCGGAACCUGCUGACUCACUGACUGAGGCCUGCAAGCAGUUUGGCAAGGAAACCCUCCUCUACCUGGCUUUCCUGGAAGAGGAAGGAACGCGGGAGAAUGACGGCACGGCCGUGAAGAGCUGCCUCAACAGGAUCUCUGCCAUUACCGAGGAGCUCCUGCCCAGAGGCCUGGACAUCAAACAGGAGGAGCUGGGGGACCUGGUGGACAAGGAGAUGGCUGCCACGUCAGCUGCCAUCAAAACUGCUACGGCCAGAAUCGAGGAGAUGCUCAGCAAAUCCCGAGCUGGAGACACAGGAGUCCAGUUGGAGGUGAACGAAAGGAUCCUUGGUUCCUGUACAAGCCUAAUGCAAGCUAUUCAGGUCCUGAUCGUGGCCUCGAAGGACCUCCAGAGAGAGAUAGUGGAGAGUGGCCGGGGCACAGCAUCGCCUAAAGAGUUUUAUGCCAAGAAUUCCCGAUGGACGGAAGGACUCAUCUCGGCCUCCAAAGCCGUGGGCUGGGGAGCCACUGUCAUGGUGGAUGCAGCCGAUCUGGUGGUGCAAGGCAGAGGGAAAUUUGAGGAACUGAUGGUGUGUUCGCACGAAAUCGCUGCUAGCACAGCCCAGCUUGUGGCUGCCUCUAAGGUGAAAGCUGACAAGGACAGCCCAAACCUGGCCCAGCUGCAGCAGGCCUCCCGGGGGGUGAACCAGGCCACCGCCACUGUCGUGGCCUCCACCAUCUCGGGCAAAUCCCAGAUUGAGGAGACAGACAAUAUGGACUUCUCCAGCAUGACACUGACCCAGAUCAAACGCCAGGAGAUGGAUUCCCAGGUCAGGGUGCUGGAGCUGGAGAAUGACCUGCAGAAGGAGCGUCAAAAGCUGGGAGAGCUUCGAAAAAAGCACUACGAGCUCGCUGGUGUUGCCGAGGGCUGGGAAGAAGGAACCGAAGCGUCUCCACCUGCACUGCAUGAAGCGGACACCGGAAAAGAAUAGAGCCACGUCGACACCCCACACGUCCGAGUCCUUUUCUGUUUCACCAUCUGCACCAACUCGUGAGCGUCAGAGGGCUGGCGGGGCUCCAAGCCAGGACGCCGUCCUAAAUCUGUGCCAACUGAACAGCAGGAGCGUCCUGGCCGAGCACGCUGAGGCAACUCUCCCCUCUCUUGGCAGUUCCAUGGAUUUCCCACUGCUUCUUAUGGUGGUUGGUUGGGUUUUUGUUUUUGUUUUUGUUUUUGUUUUCUUCUUUCAGUGUUCCCUCAUAGAGCCAACUCUCCCAAAGGGAGCACCCCUGGAGCUCUGAGCCAUCGGGGGCCCCUAACCACAGCAGUUAACAGCAAUGGUGCUGCUCAGGCUUCUCCUUGGUGCUCCACACCAGCCUCCAUGCUGAGUGUCCCGCUGAGCGAGUCUGGGGCAGCCGAGGCCACUCUCCAGAGGUGGGCACCGCUGCUCGGCCCCACUCUCCUCCAAGGGCAGAAGCAGAGCGAGUGCCUUUCCUUCCUAAAGCGAGAGCCCAGCUGAAAGCCUCUGACCAGGGGUAAAGAAUGCGGGAAAGGGGGGGUGCACACAACCCAGGUCUCAGGAGACCCCUUUCUUGGGAACUUCUGGUGCCCAGGCUGAAAAACCUUAUCAUGUGCUUGAGUGUGCUGGGGAGAGUAGCCACCUUCUUACCCCAGAAUGAAUUUUCCGUGCCACCUCCCUUCAGGCCCAGGUGGGACCCUGAGAGGGAGCGCGUGAGGGCUUUUCCAACUCCUCUCUCCAACUGGCCGCCUGGGCAUCCUCUUGAACCUGAAGAAGAUAAUUCCGUGUUCUACCUAAGGGACAGACCCAGAAGAUCAGGCAGAUUUGCUCCUGGCAGGAAAGAACCCUGUGCUUGGUUGGGUACCUUUAAUAUUUAUUACUAACCUCUGUUCAGCGGCGGCGGCAGCCUCCAGAAAGACGCUUUGAGCAAUCAGGAUUUGAGGUGUGGUGAUGAUGGGGCUGCAUGGCUGCCCCAGGCCAUGAGUCUUCAGGAAUCAGACACCAGGCCAACAUGCUUCCCAGUCUGUUACUGGCCUAGACCCCGAGGCAAGCAGGUUCCUCAGAGCACCUGGGUCAGGGAAACCGAGAAAGGGAGACCACUGGCUCUGAGCCUUCCAGCCACACGUCCCGGGCCCUUGCUGCCUGGACAGGAUGAGGACAGAGGGCACAUUAACGGCUUCCUAGGGGUGGGCAGCCUGACAGCACUUGUCCACCUCCAGACGGACAGACCCCAGCAUUUAAGUGACCUUCCGAUCUUGGACAAACGGUAUCUUCCUUCCUUAUCUGUAGCAACUCCUAGGUAGAAGCCAACAAGCACUUCCCAGGACCUGUCCCACAGGAGCAUUGCUAAGUGUUGCUAUGUGACAGGUGGCGAGGUCCCUGUUUGAUCACUGUGAAUCAACCGCCCUCCUUCCCCCCCCCCCUCCCUCUCUGUGCAUUUUCUAAGUAGGGCACUCAAAAAACACUCUCCCAUUAGCUCAGAUUCCAAGACUCAGACAGGCGAUCACGUUGGGCUAAAGAGGGGUCAGCCGCAGAAGAUAAGCGGUCUUACGCUUAACACUUCUUUGUGCUCAGCGUUUUUCCAUCCGGGGCUCAGAAGGAGUGGUGCGUGGCACCCCUGGCCCAGUUGUGCCAAUUAAGCCAGCCGGUGUGGUCUCAGAGUGGGUCAGCAUUUCCACAGCGGACUAGUCCUCACUUCCAGAAUCUCGGCCGAACUGUUGUGCUCCGAAUUACCAGUGGUGAGAAAAAUCUAGUAUAUUGGACCACACUGGGAUUCUCUGAAUAACGUUCCCUCUAAAAAGAAGCCACAGUAAUUUUUAAAAUCUUUGCGGACUUCGCCUGAGUGAUAAGACCGUGAAGAAAGAGAUUAAACAGGAACACAAGCUAAUCCCGUGUCACACAAGAAGUAUCCGUCGGGGGUAGCGUAAUAUUUGUCCUCUCUUGCCUUAGGAGCUGGCCCAUCCUCUAGCCAAAAUCAAAUUGUCCUACCUUGGCUUUUCUCAAGUAAGGGUGUUUAUACUUGGUGUGAAAUACUUGAUUCAAACAGGAAUGACAUCCUAAGGCUAAAAAUGAACCUCAUAGCCUUUUAAAGUAGUCACUGAGCAUCCUGAGUGACUGAAGUCCCAUGGGCCAGUGUAAUUGGGUCACAGCAAGGCAGAACAACAAAAGAUGGCUUAGGACUGAUGAGAGGUUGAAAGACAGCCGUAUCCCUUAUUUAAUUUUCUAUACAGUUGCUCUAAUAUCUCUAGAGUAAGGGGGUAUGUGUACAUAAUAAGGAAAAAAAAAGGUAGAAAAGACCUGCCUUUUGUGGGGUUCUUUUAUAUCUGAGUCAGGAGUUUAAAUUAGACUGUAAUUUAGAUUGUUGCCUAGUUCUGCCGCUGACAGCAAGAUCCCUAGGGUCCCACCUGAAUCUAAGUCCCUAAUCCAGUGGCUGGAAGAACCAAACAUUGCCCAGAAUGUCCUUAACGUUGGAAGUGUUUGAGUUGCCAAGUCAACACCAGGGUUAACCAGGUACCACGGGGGUCACAAUGCAUGUCGUUCAUCCUCAGAUUGGCUUGCUUCGGCCUCUCGCCGAAGAGGAGCUGGUCCUGAGCUUGCACCUGGGAAAUGCUCACUUCUCGGCCAGCUCCUUAGUCUGGAGGGGUCUCCCGGCUCCACUUUAGCCACCGGUCAAGUUCUUGCUACCUUCUACCACCUUUGCAAGUGUCUGGAAAUCCUUCCUGCCAAUGAAAGCCUUCGAUCCUGGCAUUGGCCUUUCAGCCAGACCGGCUCUGGCCUGUCUCCGCCAUCCUCGGUCCCCCGGAGACCACGCUGUCUGUAGCCUAGACAGCCACCCCUGCGGGCCCACCAGCCUUCACCGCAGAUGCCCCUCCGUCUCCCAGGGUCAGACCAAAUGCAGGAUCAGCAACCCAAAGUGGUGGCACAGCCUCUCGCCCCCAGGAGCCAAAGCAACGGGAAAUCAUGGGUUAGAUGCCAUUGGGUCCGAUUCUGAGAGUAGAUCAUUUCCAGACAUGUCUUUCAGGUGACCCUCAACUACCUCAGUUUGAAGGCCCUAAAUGAAGCUGAUUACUACUCCUAGGGACAAACCGAGGGGGUUCCGAUAAAUCUUGCUGAUAACUUAUAACAAACUCUCACAUUUAGGUUCGCAGGGAUAGGUUGGGUUUGUUUUUCUUCUGUUCUGUUUUUAACCUCCCCCCCCCCCCCCCCAGUUUUCCAUUAGAAUAGUUCUUAGAAAUGGAUUUCAUUUUUCACCGAGUGCCUACCUUCCCAGGGCAGGUAGCGACAGGCUCUUAUUCCCUUCCAACAAUACUUUUAUUAUGGUAUUAAGACCUUUCUUUGUAUAAUACAUUGCAUCUGUGUUUUCAAUUUUUCAAAUAAAUAUUUCAACCUGGCAAUGGA